AUAUCCAAUCAACAGUUGCGUUCUGGAAAAAAUUAUCCAAUGAAAACGAUCCACGUGCUAGUGUCCGUGCCUGUGCGUUGAUCUUGUAUUUCCUGUGUAAUGAAUUGAGAUAAUUUUCCAAAAUUACGCCGAAAAUAAGUUAAUAUAUAUCCAAAAAGGAUGAGGGGAUAUUGGAAAUUUCUCUCAGUAUUACUGAUUAGUUUGCUUGUUUGGAAUGGAGUUGUUGCAGACUUUGAAGAUGAAGUAGAUGAAGAUGACGGAGUAGUUGAAGAUGAACCAGAUGUAUCUGAACAAGAACCUGUAAUUCUUGAAAAGUCGAGAUAUGAACCACCAGAAAUGCCAGCAAAACCAUAUUUAGCUGAAACAUUUGAUGGUGCAGAUGUGUUGAAAAGAAGUUGGAUCAAAUCUCAAGCUAAGAAAGAUGAUGUUGAAGAGGACAUAGCCAAAUAUGAUGGUAAAUGGUCAGUUGAAGAACCCAAAGACUCGGCAUUAGAAGGAGAUUUAGGCCUAUUAUUAAAGUCAAAAGCUAAGCAUCAUGCAGUGUCAAAGAAACUUAACAAAGUGUUUGAUUUUAGUGGAAAUCCUUUCAUUGUUUCGUAUGAGGUAAAAUAUCAAAAUGGUAUCGACUGUGGUGGCGCUUAUAUAAAACUGCUCUCAAAACAAAAUAAUGCUGAUCUGAAAUCAUUCCAUGAUAAGACACCAUACACAAUUAUGUUUGGUCCUGAUAAAUGUGGAUUAGAUCAUAAGCUACAUUUUAUAUUCCGUCAUAAAAAUCCCAAAACAGGGGAGAUUGAGGAAAAACAUGCUAAAAAACCAUCUGGAAAUCUCGACAGCUUUUUCUCUGACAAGAAAACUCAUCUUUAUACUUUAGUUGUAAACCCAGACAAUUCAUUUGAAAUACUUGUAGACAACAAAGUGAUCAACUCUGGUAAUUUAUUGCAAGAUAUGAGUCCUCCUGUAAAUCCACCAAAGGAGAUUGAUGAUCCAAAUGACAAGAAACCAUCUGACUGGGAUGAAAGAGAAAAAAUUCCUGAUCCAGAUGCCAAGAAGCCUGAUGACUGGGAUGAGGAUGAGCCAAUGGAGGUACCCGAUGAAGAAGCAAAGAAGCCUGAAGGUUGGUUAGAUGAUGAGGAGGCAUUAAUACCUGACCCUGAUGCUGGUAAACCUGAUGACUGGGACGAUGAGAUGGACGGAGAGUGGGAAGCACCUUUGAUAGAUAACCCGAAGUGUAAGGAUGCACCUGGAUGUGGAGAAUGGACUCGUCCUAAUAUGCCAAAUCCAUUAUACAGAGGCAAGUGGAAGCCAGAGAUGAUAGAUAACCCAGACUAUAAGGGAGAAUGGAAGCCAAGGAAAAUAACAAAUCCCGACUUCUUUGAAGACAAAUCACCAUACAAGAUGACACCUAUUGAAGCUCUUGGUUUGGAACUCUGGUCGAUGACAGAUGAGAUUGUGUUUGACAACUUUAUAGUGACAGAUGAUAAAGAUGUACAUUCCAGAUGGGUAGAACAGACAUGGGAACGUAAAUCCGUUGCUGAAGCCUCCAAAGGGGCAGGGCAAGGUAUUUGGUCAACCCUGAUGUCAUCAGCUGAAGAACGGCCAUGGUUAUACGCUGUAUACAUUGUAGUUUUCCUGUUACCUAUAGUUCUUCUAUCUAUAUGUCUCUGUCCAAGAUCUGGGCCAAUUAAGCAAGAAGAUUUAGAUGCUGCUCGUAAGAAGACAGAUGAAGCAUCACCGGAUGAUGAGAAAACAGAAGAUAAAGAAGAUGAGGGUGUUGAUGAAGGAGCAGGAGGAGAUAAUUUAACUACUGAAACUAAGAAAUCCAAGGCAGCUUUGGAAAAAGAGGAGGAGGAAGAAGAAGUGUCUCAGGAGGAAGAUAUGGCUGAAGGUGAUACUGAGGGCAAAGAUUCUGGCUCUCCUAGACGGUCACCUAGGAAACGAAAAACAAGAAAAGACUAAAGAAACUGUGAUUUAGCUUCGAAUAAUUGUUGAAGAAAAAGUGUAAUUGGCUGAAAUAUGGAAGUCACUUGGUUGUUAAAUUGUAUGCAUGUAUUAUUAUUUGGGCUUUUUUGAAGGUUUAUUAGUUAAAAGGUAUUUUAGGCUAUCACACAAAUGUUUUACAAAUGGUUUUCAAUUAUUUUUGCUUUUUAAACAAAUCAACAAUCCAAAUACUAAUAAAUUAUUUAAACUUAGGGUUAAGAUUUCCUAGCUUACAAAUAAGCGUUACCACUCAGGUGUACAGAUAUAGAGAUGUAGAGGAUUGCAUAGUUAUAUAAAGCUGUAAAGUCCCAGUAUGACCUUAAACUUUGUCUGUGUGACUCUAAACCUGGCUAAAAAAAGUCUCUCGGUGAGUUGUAUUUUUUUAUUUCAUAUCAUUGAAGUUGCAUAUGUUUGUUGGUUAAAUAGAGUCAUUGUUUAACCCUGAACAUGCUGAAUAUCUUAAAUGGACUUGUCCCACUUCCAUUUUUGGGACUGUCCAUUAUAAAUUUUAGGGAUAUCAAUUAGAAUAUUUAAAAUUUGUCAGCCAACAGUAUAGAGCCUGGUCAGACUGCACUUCCGUGCAGGCUGGCCUGGCUCUAUACUGGUGGCAAAGACUUUAUGCUUUCGGGUCCAGCACUUAAAGGGUUAAGUACAGUGUAAUGAUUGGUUGAUGAAGUGGAAUGAUGGAAUGUUUUGUAUCAAAGAUGUUAUGAGAUUAUACAAUGUUUUCAUAUGUGAGACUUUAAAUGUAUGAGGUCAGAUGUGAUUCCAAUGUUUGAAUGAAUAACCUUUCGUGUUAUCUAUCAUCCAUUUUUACAUUUUACAACAUUUUGUUAGGGUUUUUUAUAUUAUUAAUUAUAUAUGAGGGUAUUUCAUUGUUGUUGAUAACGUAAUUAUAUAUAUAUAAUGUGAAAAAUAUUGUGUUCGUGAAUUAAAGGGGUAGGCUACUGUAACCCUUCCAUGAUGUGAAACUGCCGCUCAUUAAUAAUCAUGUUUUACAUAUUGGGUGUCUACCAGGUUUUGUCUUUUUCAACUUGCAUCUUGUUCAUCUUACAGUAUUUUAACUUACAGUAUGUUCCUCUUUUAUUUUGAAAACAAUUUUUGAUAGAGAAAGGUGUUAAAUGCUAGCUCAAGUUCUACUUGUGUGUUUACACAUACGUGAAUUAAUGAAUCGGAUUGCAACUAAAAAUAAAUUGGGGUUUUCAUUAUUUACAGAUUGGCAAUGCAUAACAUCGGUUGAAAUGCUAUUAAAAUCAGCUGUAUUUUCAGUCUGUAGAUUAAGAUAUCCCCCUUGGCCAAUCGAUUGUUUUUUGUUGGCAUAUUUUUUUCCUCGGAUAAAAAUGAAAACCAUGUAAAUAAAUGGUCAUGAUAAUGGGUUGAUAUUUUGGUUGGCUGUCUCCCCAUAUAACCUGGGUCUUCGGGGGUGUUUUUUUUUAUUGUUUUGUAAUAAUUAUAUAACCAGUUAUGCUUUAGAUAUGUAAAAGUUUUUCCCUUUUUUAAGCGAGUUUAAGAUUCAUAUAGAUAUGUUACCCUGUUUGAUUUCCUUUAUGCUAAACAAUAAUUAUAAAACAAUAUUGUUGUUUUUAC